AAACUUUCCAGAUUAGUAAGUAGAUAUGAGUGAUCUUAUAACAGCUAGUGUAAUUGACGUUGCUAUUUUAAUAUACAAAAAAUCACGAAUAUUCGUCAAGAUAGCGCAAAAUGUUAAUAACACAACAUGCUGUUAUAAGAUCUGUAGAGCUCGCAACGUUGGGGUCUAUUAAUGCACAAUCUGGCAACCGUGUCGUACCCUCAAAAAAUGGCCGCUGACAACCACAUAACUCAAACUCACCGUAUUGCCAUUGAAUAGCAUGGAAUUAAACCCAGGGAUAUUAAACCUUCAGUUGUUUUGUGUUGUGGUGUGUGGCACAAUGGUGGCACGUGUGUGGUGUCUUCUGUUUUGAUUUGCUUUAUAUAAAAAUGUUUGUAUUUGUAAUUUUUUAAAUCCAAUAAGGCAGUGUAACAGUGUCUUAACAUUACACUUUGAUAAAUUCUGGUGUGAAAGUUGUCUUGAACUGCUUUUUGUGUGAUCUUUGGAUCUUCCUCAUGCAGGGCAUAUACUUGAUACUCAUUCAUUGUAUCCUGAAAUUAUCAUAUAAUAGGAUGAUUGUAAAAUUGUGAAGGUAAGAUAAUAUCAAGUUACAUAGGAUAUAUUACACUUUGUUGCAAAAAAAUCGUAAUAGACAGAUUCUCGAUUUGCGCAAAAAAAUUCCCCAUGGAAUACAUCUUGUAAUAUAAUUGUAAAAUUUUGUAAAUGCAGUGAAGUAUGAAAACAACUUUAAUGAACUGCUAUACUUGGAACAGAUUACAAUGUGAAAUAUUUGAUCAUGUGUGAUGCUAAAACCAUGGACACGAUCUUAAUGCCUAUGCCACUCUUUUCCCCCUCAUUGACCCAGUCAAAGAUCUUCAAAAGUUUGAAACCAAAUCUCUUUGAUCAGCUUAGAAAAAUAUGUUUACAUUCUCAAUUUGGUCAUUCUUGUAUGGAAGUGUCAUCAUCCGCAAUUGGAUUUGUGGUGCAUGUAUCAUGUCACUUUCUGCCUCUUGAUCAGUCUUAUCCAGUUUACUACAGCACUGAUAUUUGCUCUAGAUGAUUAUGAAAUACAAUACUUUUGAUUGAAAAAACACUUAAAUUCAUUUGUUGGGGAGCUUUAAUGCCACACAUGCCUACCACCUACACAUGUUAAACUUAUAACACCUCUCCUUUUUGCAUCCGUUUAAAAGGGGGUAGUAAUUGGCACCAAAAAAGAUGAGUUUGUGAAAUGUAUCAAACUAUACCAGUGGUAGCAUGUCAAACUUGCUCAAUAUCAGAUGAAGACACCAAUGCAAGAGCUAGUGAGGAAUAACUUCUAACUAAAUUGAGUUAUUAUUUACCUGUUUCUGCAUUGCUUAAAAUUAUGUAUUACUCAUUGGAAGAAACAAGGCUACAAUCUUAUAAGAUUUAUACUAACUCAUAGUUAAAUCCUUCUCUACUCAUAAUUGGUAUCAACAAUUGUUGUUUCUUGCUUGAGAACUUAAAUCUAAUGGACUUAACUAGUUCUUGAAUUAUAGUCUUCGAUUGUAAUUUUUGCUGCCAUCAGUAAUAAUCAAUAGCAAUACUUUAACCAUUGCUUAAUAUAUUCUACCUGAAUAUAGCCAACCAUUGUAGCGCUUUCUAUGAGAUAGUAGCAGAACCACAAAUGAAUUUGUAUCAUCAGAUGUUCCUACAAUUGUAUUACCACUUUAUGGCCUCCUUGAUUUUCAUAGUCUUUUUUCUCCUCCAGAAAGGCUGUGGUAUUUCUAGAUGUCUACUGUUUUGUGUGAUAAAAAUCAAGUUUUAUCAGCCUGAAAUUUCUUAGGAUUCAAAAAGAAAAUAUAACCUCAAAAUACUUUAACAAAACAGUAGAAAUCUGGAAAUACCCCUGCCUUUCUGAAGGACAGGAAAAACUAUGAAAAUUAAAGAGGCUAUAAAUGCAUCCUACAAAUGUAGGAAUAACUGAUGAUAUGGCCCUAAGUUCGGAAAGAGUUUGAGUUUUGUUUCUACUACUGUCUCACAGAUGACACUAGUAUCUUCAAUCCCUGUCUGGCACCUAUGUAAUACAUAUUUUAAUUGGGUAUAUUUUGGCAUUGCUUAUCAUAGUCAAUUUUUGCCCUAUAUUUUACUUGACAUUAAAAUAUGUGAUCAAAUAAUAUUUAUUGUGUUUGACUUCCUGCCUUUUAGUAACAAUGGAUAAUCCAAGAAAACCAGUACUAUUGGAUCAAAUCCCACAAAAAAGUAUAUCUGCUAAGCUAGGCACAAUGCCACAGAUACAGUGUUGGGUACCAGAAUGUGAUUCUACUUCUGAUCAUUUUCUUAAGAAAACAUUUUAUUCAUUACCUGCAGAUCCUGUAUUGAGAGAUUUUUGGUUAGCUGCUGCAGGUAGAAAAUUUGAUUUCUCACUUCAGAAUAUUUGGUUUUGUGAAAGGCAUUUUCACAUAGACAGAGAGGGUGUAUUGGCUAAUUUUCCUGUAUACCAUAUGCCUAAAAAAAUAUGUAGGACUUGCUUGGUAACCAUAGAAGAUAAAAAAUAUGCUGUAUUAAACUAUAACAUAAAAUCAACAAUGCCAAAUUGUGUACAGCAAAUUUUUGGCAAUACCAGCACUGUACCUCUACUUGAAGUGUUACAAUUUUGUACUUCAGAAAUGACAAUUACAACAAACCCAAUUCCUGUUACUUGCACUAACUGUUACCGGAACAUAUGGAUAUAUUAUCUUUUCAAGAAGAAGUGUAUGUACAAAGAAAAAGCAAUUGAAGAGGAAUAUAAUCCAGGCAGUUACGGCAAUUUUGUGGGUUGCCGAGCAUGUUCGACCACCAAUUAUACAAAUGUGAUAUCAUUAAACGAAAAUACUGAACUGGGCAGAUUGCUUAAUAGCAUGUUCACUAAAUAUUACCCUUCUAGCUUUGUUCCUUUAGGAUUAUGUCCGUCUUGUGAAUCUACAUUGAAAGAAAUCCAGGUAUUUAGACGAGUAUUGUCACUAGCAAACCAGUAUUUUGAGCAACAUCAAGAAAAUCUACUACACAGCCAAGUCAGCCAAGACAAACCAGUUGUUGCAUUGAAAGAGUUAGAUACUGCCCAAAAACAAAUAAUACUCUCAAAACUUAUGGUAGAAACGGGACUGAGACUCAAAGACAAAAGCAGUAAGCCUACAGAACAAAAUAUGGUCUGGAAUGGCAUACAGAAAAGUUUUAUACAACGUGGCUGCAACAUUUCGAUACAAAAUCUAAAGGACCUUUGGUCUGCAUUGAUACUAGAUUAUACCUUGGGCCGUCUUAAAGGAACUGAAUUAGAUGAUAUCAUAUCUGAGUAUCUGAAAGCUGAACCUCCUACCCCAACUAAUAAACCUUUAAAAAAGAGGUAUAGAUCACCACUAUCCACGAGUGCGUCAACUUCAAGAGAUCCAGUUAUUCAGCACAUCCUUACUGGAGAUGUAAUUCCUAUUAGAAGGCAUCCAGAGCCAAUGGGGAUUUUUGAACCAAACAUGAUUCCUCCACCAAGUUACAAUAGCAUUGUACCACCACCCCCUUAUAGUUUGAGUACCAUGUGUGGAAGCAGUACGAGUACUGCAACUUGUAGUGCCUUUGAUGCAAAGACAGGAGUCAGAUCUACAGUUGAAAAUCGUGCAGCGGCACAAGAGUACCAGUACCAGGCGUCCUAUAGUGGCAUACUGUCGAAUCAAGAUCAUCUCAAAUUGGAGAAAGUCGCUGGAAAUGUUCGCAAGGCGCCAAUAAAUACUAUACCUGUGAUACAAAGUGCCAUUCUCAAGAGCAGUAUGAUAAUAGAUCUAACAGAGGAAGAAGAUAAAAUGGUACAAGUCGCAAACAUUUCCUCUAGUUGGGAGGAUCAGUCACCUGAAGGUGCUGGUGCUCACGUAGAGCCUGAUAGUGAAACUGCAAAAGGAAACUCAGUUCAUGCAGGAGGAAGUACUGUUAACAGUGUCGGCAAGGAAGCAAGUUCUUCUCAAAUGGAAAUGAGCGAUACGGGCCCCGGAAAGCAGACGUCUCUCAAGAAUGAAGUUGAUCGCGAACAUAAAAACGCUUCUCAUAACUGGUGGACCCGCGAGAAGGAUAUGAUCUUUUUGGACGCUCUUACUGCCCAAUUUAAACAAGCCAACGCCCGAUCAUUAAUCCAAAUUUGGAGAAACCUCAAAAAUGAAAAUUUAUUAUCAUCGAAAAAAGCAACGACUCUAGCAUCUCAUUGGUAUGAUUUGAAAAAGAAUUACAACAAAAAAUCACUAGACCGGGGGCUCUCUGAAAAAGUAUCACAUUGCAUGAAACUAUUUGACCAAUUAGAUGCUAUCAAAAACUCUGUGAGAGCCAGUAAACAACCCGAUGAUGAGAACAGUGUCAUUCUGGUGAGAAAAAUGACAAAUUUCUUGCAUGAAUCUGACAUUUUUGAUGUAACUUGGAACGUUGUGCUUCGAAAAAUGUCGUCGUGCGACAAAUUCGCUGGGUACAAUUAUCUUAACCUGAAGGUGCAAUGGCAAAACUUAUUUCGUCGUUUGAAGACAAGAACAGGCGGAACAGCGUUGAGCAACGAUUUGAAAGAGGAAUUAGAUUCGUUGAUGGGGUUGAUGAAAAAACUGAAGUUGAGGAAUUAUUGGCAUACAGAGCUGGCCCCUAAGAAAGCAGAGUCUCCAUGGUUUGGUUCUAAGAAGAAACGGAGAGCCAUGUCUAAAAAUGUAGGAAAGCCGCAACAAUGCUUUUCGUUUCAAGAUAAGGUUGACUUAUUAGAAGCAAUGAAAAACGAAUACGAAGUCUCGAGAAGUAAAGCAACUCUUGCUGCGAAUCCUUGGAGAACUCUCAUUAUUAAAGUAAAAUCUCACAGAACAAAAUAUGAUACUUGGGAUGAAAGCAGAUUAUUGAGAAUGUGGUCUCAAAUGAAAGUGAGUUGAGAUUUCUUGGUAUCAACGGAAGAUGCCAAUUCAUACUUAUCACCUCACAUUAUUUCCUCAAUUUUGAACUUUGUCCGCAAAAGGUUUCUGCGAAAAUUCACGUGAAAGAUGGUAGUGAUUACGUAGAUAUGGAGGUGUGGAAUCUUCUAGAGACGCAUAAUAAGUAUUUGAAAAAUAGAAAAAAUGACAAGCGGAAUUCAGAAAAUUUAAUACCGAGUUCACCGGAAAAGAAAACAGAAAAACAAAAUGAUAAAGAAGAAAAAUCGGAAAAAGGAGAUAACAAAGCACAGAAAAUGAGUACUCCUAUCAAGUCACCCUCCAAAACGCCGGAAGCUGGUACCCCUGUUACCACACCAACUGAAAAAGUGCAGACAGUAACUGCUUCAUAUACACCUACCAAAAGAGCUAGAACGCUGAUUUCCUCAUGUCCCUCACCAAAAAAAAUACAUACGUUGAUUCCUUCAUUUUGUAAAGUUGAAAAGCCUGAUCUUUCAACGAAGGUCGAAAGCUCAUCAUCUUGUGAUCCAAUGCCAGAACAGAACGAGGAAAAGCCUAGUUGUUCAAAAGUACCAGUUAGAGUUGAUGAUAAAACAUUUGAGGCUAGUAGUGAGAUUCUAACGAUUGUAAUUGAUAGUGACAGCGAAUUUAGUGAAGGAAAUGAUGACGCUAGCCUAGCAGAGCAUGCUCGUCAACACUCGGAAAAGAUUUUUCUUCAGCAAUAUCGGAUAGUAAUGUGCUUUCUAGUUUGGUGAACUAGUUCAAGAGGCCACACUCAUUAAAACCAGCUAGUUCGUGAACGGACUAUUUUACACAAGAAUAAUGUCAGUGAAAGCGUCGCCUCUCAGUCUUUCAUCCGAUCGCCGGAGUUCAGCGGUUAGUAUGUGCAUGGGUAACCGCUUCGGAACACCUCGUACUGUUAAUCUUUUUUGGUUUUACAUUUUUUAUUAAGAUGGACGUUUGAAAUCUGAAUUUUCAACGUAAAUUGUCGCGUACAUAGUAGGUAUGGCAUUUACACGUUUUCCAACAAUCUCAAAUAAUGAGUGAUACACUUUUGUUUUUACCAGUUACCAAGAUUUUUGAUAUAUAAUACAUACCCCUGAUCAGGGUUGCCAGAUGUUCUCCUUUCUGGAGAGUGAUCCUCAUUUUUAGCGUUAGGUUCUGCUUUCUCUAUUUUCCCCAAAUGUUCUCCUUUACCAGUUUCUCACUAAAAGGAUUUUUUACUUCCAUAGUCAAGUGUAUAUUUUUUGUUAUUGUUUAUUUGGAUAUUAUAUAUGUAUAUAUAAGUUAUGCAUUUUAGGUCUGUUUUAUUGUAAUUGUUUGGAAUAAGCAUGUCUAUUUUCAUCUAUUUUGUUUUCCGCUAUGAAAAAAAGUUGGUAUUGCUGUAUGUACAAUGUUAUCCCCAUUAAUUGUAAAUACAGAUUAUUUGUUCAUGAUGAAGGAAACAAGUCGAAUUACAUGAUCAGAUUUUUAAUCAUUUCAGCGUUAUCAGCACCUUUUGGACGAUUCUGAUUUUGCGGUAAAACGGCUUUGCGCAGCUCAAAAGCCAGUCGCAUCAGGUAUUAUGGAAUGGAUAAAUAUUUUGCUGAACCGGUUUUACCCCCGAAGUGAUACCAGAAAAGACAAAAAUGAGUCCCAUAUUAGUUGAGAUGGUUAAAAAACGCUUGCCUGCCGUCUGUGCCAUGCGAGCGGCUUUUUUCGAUGGCUGAGAAAACAGUUUUGUCAGCAGAAAUAGUCUAGAAGCCGAUAAAGUUGAAAAAAAUAUCAUUUUAAAUGGAAAUUUAUAGUUAAUUUACAUUUUUAUUUUAGUACUGUUUUAAUUUCUUCAUGAGCAGCAAUGGGUGAUCCUUUUUUUAUAAAAGUUAGCUAAUUCUCAACCUCUAUAACUAACUACAUUUGUCAUCUUUUUCCAUAACUGCCAGUCAACCAGUUAUACAACUUUCUGCUUACGGGUGUGUUCCGUCUCCUUUAUCCUCUCUCGUUCUCGUUCGUCCACUCGAUCCUGUAAUUCCAGUCGUUCGAAGGGAACGAGUUUUUUUGAAGGAAUGGUAAACUAGUUAAGGAUGAUUAUCCCCCUGGAUGAUUUGAUGUGCGCUAGCCCUUACUGAAAGCUUUGAGGGUAUUUGAUGUGCUAUUGAUGAGAAUCGGCAAACAUUUAAUAAAAGCUUCAUACGAAAUUCAAUAUUUUAUCCGAUAAGGAAACCAACAUUCAUUUUAUAUAGUGAAAGUUUUAUUUCACGUGACUUUGCCCUAGUUUUUUAUAUAAUCAGGUUCCACAAAUGGGACCUUUCGAUAUCACUUCUGGGAUGGAUGCAAUCAUUCUUCUCCCUUCAAAUAUUUAUUUUUAAAUAUCUUCACCCUCCAUUACAUUUAUUGGAAAUUAUUUGUAUUUUGGGUCAUUAUGCGUUGUGUACCGACUGUGCUGAACAGGUUUUUAAAUUAUCAGAAAGCAACUAUGACUUUUCCUCUCCCUUUUCGAUCUUAACAAACUUGGGCUAGUUGAAAAGAGCUUCUUGGGCUACAAAUAUUAUAUUUGAAUUUUUGUUAGUUUCACAAUACAUGUGACCGUUAGAGGGCUUUGUUCGACAUUACGACAGAAAUGGCUAAUUUUCUCAAAAAAUUAAAUGCAUUGCUAUGAUUUUUUUUUAUGAAAAAUAGCUAAAUGAUGUCUAAAAACUGCAUCUCGAUAUCUUGUUCCUAACCUAAAAUUUAGGCCAAAGAAGAUUUUAAUCUUUUUUAUUAUUAAGUUGUGAUCCUAAAAAGUGCCGAUUUAAAAAAAAAAGGUUUUUAAUGCCCCCGUAAAUACUCGAAAUGCUAUGUUACGUC